GCGAAAUGCAAAUAGCGAGAGCCAGCUGUGUGUAGUCUCUGCAUCCCCGCGCUCCCGUUGGCUACAUCCUCUGUCAAUAACAAUGAGCUCGUUUCAGGAAUGGAGGUUUCAACCGUAACAGCUGUACGGUUUGUCAGUUCUGGUGUUUAGUGAUUUAAUCUACCAGAAAAGGGAUUGGCGAAUUAAUCGAAACAUGUACGGUUUUGUGAACCACGCACUGGAACUUCUGGUGCUGAGAAAUUAUGGUCCAGAUGUGUGGGAGGACAUCAAGAGAGAGGCCCAGGUUGAUGUAGAAGGACAGUUUCUGGUCAGAAUUAUCUAUGAAGAUGCCAAAACAUAUGACCUUGUGGCUGCUGCAAGCAAAGUAUUGAAAAUAGAUGCUGGAGGCAUCUUGCAAAUGUUUGGGAAAAUGUUCUUUGAGUUCUGUCAGGAAUCUGGCUAUGACACCAUUCUCCGAGUGUUGGGCUCUAAUGUCCGUGAAUUCUUACAAAAUCUGGACGCAUUGCAUGACCAUCUGGGCACCAUCUACCCCGGCAUGCGCGCGCCAUCCUUCCGCUGCACUGAUGCAGAGAAAGGGAACAACCUUAUUCUACACUAUUACUCUGAGAGAGAAGGUCUUCAGGACAUCGUCAUAGGCAUCAUCAAGACGGUUGCACAGCAGAUUCAUGGAACUGAGAUUGAGAUGAAGGUUAUUCAGCAGAAGAGUGAAGAAUGUGAUCACAUUAAGUUCUUGAUUGAGGAGAAGGACUCAGAGGAAGAGGCAUUUUAUGAAGACUUGGAUGGUUUUGAGGAGAAUGGGACUCAAGAGACACGGAUUAGUCCAUACACCUUCUGCAAGGCUUUCCCAUUCCACUUGAUGUUUGACAAGGAUCUCAUGCUUUCACAGUGUGGAAAUGCCAUCUUUAGAGUUCUGCCACAGCUGCAGCCUGGCGUCUGUAACCUGUCCUCAGUGUUCUCUCUGGUGCGGCCGCACAUAGACUUUAGUUUCCAUGGCAUCCUGUCUCACAUCAACACUGUCUUUGUGCUGCGGAGUAAGGAGGGCCUGCUGAACGUAGAGACUGCUGAGAGUGAAGAUGAACUCACAGGAACAGAGAUCAGCUGUCUCAGACUGAAGGGCCAGAUGAUUUCACUUCCUGAGACUGAGAACAUCCUUUUUCUGUGCUCACCAAGUGUAAUGAAUCUGGAUGACCUUACAAGGAGAGGUCUGUACCUGAGUGACAUUCCUCUCCAUGACGCCACCCGUGACCUUGUGUUACUGGGGGAGCAGUUUCGUGAGGAGUACAAGUUGACCCAGGAGCUGGAGAUCCUGACUGAUCGUCUGCAGCACACUCUCCGAGCCCUGGAGGAUGAGAAGAAGAAGACAGACAGGUUGCUGUAUUCUGUUCUGCCUCCGUCUGUAGCCAAUGAACUGCGGCAUAAGCGGCCCGUGCCUGCUAAACGAUACGACAACGUGACAAUUCUUUUUAGUGGCAUUGUUGGCUUCAAUGCAUUCUGCAGCAAACAUGCAUCAGCAGAGGGAGCCAUUAAAAUCGUCAACCUGCUCAACGAUAUUUACACGAGAUUUGACAUUCUCACUGAUUCUCGGAAGAACCCUUAUGUGUAUAAGGUGGAGACUGUUGGUGAUAAGUACAUGACCGUGAGUGGCCUUCCGGAGCCCUGCACCCACCAUGCAAAGUCCAUCUGUCACCUGGCCCUAGACAUGAUGGAGAUCGCUGGACAGGUGAAAGUGGACGAGGAUCCUGUGCAGAUCACCAUUGGAAUCCACACAGGAGAGGUGGUCACAGGGGUGAUCGGGCAACGAAUGCCCCGUUACUGCUUGUUUGGAAACACGGUCAACCUGACAAGUCGUACAGAGACCACAGGAGAGAAAGGAAGGAUAAAUGUGUCUGAAUACACAUACAGGUGUUUGCAGUCAGUGGAAAAUGCUGAUCCUCAGUUUCAUUUGGAGUACAGAGGACCUGUAUCCAUGAAAGGAAAAAAAGAGCCAAUGAAAGUGUGGUUUCUCUCACGCAAGACCUAACAGACACACUGUGGGGCUGCAGCGAUGCAAUUUUUAUUGUGUUCUCUGCUAAUGUGUGUUCAUUCAUUUCUAAGAUCUAUGAAAAGGAACAUACUGUACUUUGCUUUCUUCAUCAAGAUCAUGUUAUUCUCCCCCUCUCAGGGAGAAAGGCCAAAUUAAGAAUGUUCUUCAGUGACCCCUGCGUUUCAAGUGCCAAUUAUCUCUAAUUCACAGAAAAUGAAAAAAAAAAAAAAAUCGGGGGGAAAGGGUAUUAUAGAGUAGAGGGUGACCAGCUGUACACAUUUUACAUAGAAAUAUGGAAACUACUGUCCAUUUGAUAUUAAUUAAUGAUACUACUUUGAGUGCCAACAAUUGAAUUGAUUUAAUACAGAUUAAUUAAAUAUACAUCUGAAUAAAUACAACUGGAAAAUGGAAAAAAUACGCUAUGCAACAUGCAGACGUGCUCAUCAAGUGUUUGUUUUCAUCAUUUUUAUUUAUAGGAUGUGACAGUAUUUAGAUCACUACCAAGUCCAGGAAUAUUUUGUUAUUUCAUCACUGAGUAAAAUAAGUUAUUUUCUUUUGUCACUGUAUUGAGUCCUGUAUGUCUGUGUGAUGAUAUUUAAAGUUAAGAGCACUUCAACAUAGAAAUAUCUAAAACAAACUGUUUAAAUUGUGCACUUUAAUUAAGUACUAACUUGUAGAUUUUCAGGAUCAAAGCACAUUUUGUUACUGUAUCAAUGUAUUAUAUUGGAAAUACUCAGUUUAACCAUAAUUCAAUUCACAAGUCUGAAUUUAGUUUUCUGUUUCUGAGGAUAAUGUGCAUGCUGUAAAUAAUAAAAAUGCCUGCACAGAAUCAUAAUUACACUCGUACAUUGCAUCAGAGAAUUUACCAAACAUGUACAUAUAAAGCCGUUUUAUGAAUACAAUUUAGAAUACGCUACUGUUAUAUUGUUUUAUUAUGUGUUAUUGCGUGAAUGAAUAUAUUCUUAACACAUUUCAAAGUGAAUAUUUAGUGUUUAAAAAUUGGAUAGACUUUGAGAGUUUGUAUUCAUUGAAUCUCACAUAUAGAUUUAUUUAAAGGAAACCUGCCCAUGUCACAAUGCUUUUAUGUGCACCUCUACAUAUUUAAGUCUUGUAUUAAAAUAUUGUUUAAAAGA